AAAAAGACGACACAAUCGUGCACAUACGACAUAUCUGAAAGACUGGAAAUUGAAGAAGCGACAAGUUAGAAAAAAGAAAAAAUCUCUUUAAAGAAUUUGAAUAAUCAAGAAACCUAUUCUCCUAAUAGAAACACGCAGAAUGAAGUUGAUUGGAUUGAUAGCCCUUUUGGGUUUGAGCUGUGUUAUGGCCAAAGAUGAAGAAUCUAAAAAAGAAAGUGUCGGUACAGUGAUUGGUAUUGAUCUGGGAACAACUUACUCAUGUGUUGGUGUGUUCAAGAAUGGAAGAGUUGAAAUAAUCGCCAAUGAUCAAGGUAACAGAAUUACACCAUCAUAUGUAGCAUUCACAGAGGAUGGUGAGCGAUUGAUUGGUGAUGCAGCUAAGAAUCAGUUGACAACUAAUCCUGAGAAUACAGUCUUUGAUGUUAAACGUUUGAUUGGGCGUGAUUGGGAUGACAAAUCUGUUCAAGCUGACAUUAAACACUACCCAUUCAAAGUUAUUAACAGAAAUAGUAAACCAAUCAUUCAAGUCAAUGUUGGAGAUAGUCAGAAGAGUUUUGCACCAGAGGAAAUCUCUGCUAUGGUAUUGGGAAAGAUGAGAGAUAUUGCAGAAGGCUUCCUUGGUAAAAAAGUAACCAAUGCUGUUGUCACUGUUCCUGCUUACUUCAACGAUGCCCAGCGACAGGCUACCAAAGAUGCUGGUGUCAUUGCAGGUCUUAAUGUCAUGAGAAUUAUAAACGAGCCAACUGCUGCUGCCAUUGCUUAUGGUCUUGACAAAAGGGAAGGUGAAAAGAACAUCCUUGUUUUUGACCUUGGUGGUGGAACUUUUGACGUAUCAUUGCUGACUAUUGACAAUGGUGUGUUUGAGGUUGUUUCGACAAAUGGUGACACUCACUUGGGAGGUGAAGACUUUGACCAGAGAGUAAUGGAACACUUCAUCAAACUAUACAAAAAGAAGAAGGGAAAAGACAUCAGGAAAGAUAACCGUGCUGUCCAGAAACUUAGACGUGAAGUGGAAAAAGCUAAGAGAGCCUUGUCAUCUGCCCAUCAAGCCAGAAUUGAAAUAGAAUCCUUGUUUGAAGGAGACGACUUCUCUGAAACUUUAACUAGAGCUAGAUUUGAAGAACUUAACAUGGACUUGUUUAGAUCUACUAUGAAGCCAGUCCAGAAAGUAAUGGAAGAUGCAGAUAUGAAGAAAGAAGAAAUUGAUGAAAUAGUUCUUGUUGGUGGUUCUACCAGGAUUCCAAAGAUCCAACAGCUUGUCAAAGAUUAUUUCAAUGGAAAAGAACCUAACAGAGGUGUAAACCCAGAUGAGGCUGUUGCCUAUGGUGCCGCUGUCCAGGCUGGAGUUCUGGGAGGAGAGGAAGAUACUGGUGACUUGCUCUUGUUGGAUGUCAAUCCAUUAACUAUGGGUAUUGAAACAGUUGGUGGCGUCAUGACCAAACUUAUCCCAAGAAACACUGUAAUUCCAACAAAGAAAUCUCAGGUAUUCUCUACUGCUGCAGACAAUCAACCAACAGUUACAAUUCAAGUCCUAGAAGGUGAACGUCCAAUGACAAAAGACAACCAUCAACUUGGAAAAUUCGACCUGACUGGCAUUCCACCAGCACCAAGAGGUGUACCACAAAUUGAGGUAACCUUUGAAAUUGAUGUAAAUGGUAUCCUUAAAGUAAGUGCUGAAGACAAAGGUACAGGAAAUAAAAAUAAUAUUGUUAUUCAAAAUGACAAUAACAGAUUAUCUCCUGAUGACAUUGAACGUAUGAUAAAUGAUGCUGAAAAAUUUGCAGAUGAAGAUAAACAAGUUAAAGAAAAAGUAGAAGCUAAAAAUGAUAUUGAAAGCUUUACAUACAAUCUUAAAAAUCAAAUAGGCGAUAAAGAAAAGUUGGGAGCAAAAUUAAGUGAUGAUGAUAAGAAAACAAUAGAAACUGCUGUAGAUGAAAAAAUUAAAUGGUUGGACAGUAAUCCUGAUGCUACUACUGAAGAACUUAAAGAACAAAAGAAAGCUUUAGAAGAAAUUGUCAAUCCAAUUAUAAGUAAAAUUUACCAAGGUGCAGGAGGUGCUCCACCACCAGGAGGAGAAGGAGGAGAGGAAGAGGGAUCAGAGAAAGACGAAUUAUAAAAGUGACUCUAUUUAGGAUGAUUAAUUUUAAUUAUUUAUUAACACUAUUGUGAUAGGGUUCUUUUUGUUUUCCAUCAAAAUCUGGUCUCAAGUAACAAGGUGAAGGUUACAUGUUCAAUCCAAACAUUUGCAUGGUUCAUUUAAAUAUUUGAAGUGAACAUAAAUUUUCAUAAAAUAGUAUAGCUUUAAAGUGGGCAUAAAAACCAAUUGUGCUUAAUUUUCCUCAGUAAAUAAGAAUGAUUUUCUGACCAGAUAAAAAGAACUGUAACAUUUACAGUACACACAAGGGAAUUCUUUCUAAAGUCACCCUUGCUGUUGGUGAUGAAUCACUGUGAAAAAGGUGAUAGCUGGUUAAUCUACAAAGAAGUUUUUAGAAUGAUUUUCCAACUAAACCACCUUGUAUGUACUGUAUCAAGGCACUGGGGUGUUGUGUGGCUCAUUUUCAUUAAGAGUGGAAGUUUGGCUCCAUACUACUACUAGUUUGAGAGUGAUGCAUAAAGUUCAUAUUUUGUUACUCCGUAUGAAUGAUAUAUAUACUUUGUAUAUACAAUAUGUUUAUACAUUUUGUUAGAAAUAGUACAACUAGCAGAUGAGUAAAUGUGUAUAAAUGUGUAUGAUAGUGCAAUGAUUUGUGUGUAAACUUUUUGAAGUAGAGAGGCAAAAAUGGUUUUAUGAAUGUAUAUAUGAAAGUUACAUGAUAUGUUAUGAAUAAAGUUUAUUGUUUGUAAAAA